AUGUUUUGGGUAUAUAUAACUGCGAUAUAUUCUGUGGUAAUCAUUACUGCUCAUCGAUUACCUCCACCAUUUGAUAUUCGUAUUGAUUAUUAUAAAGUUGAAACAACAAAAGACUUAGUAAUCAAUACACCUCGACCACGAUUAUCUUGGAAAUUACCAAUUUCAAAUGAACGUAAUGUUCAACAAACAGGUUAUCAAAUUCAAAUUCAAUCAGAUACAGAUAAAUGGGAUAGUGGACGAAUAGAUUCAAGUCAAUCAAUUCAUGUUCCAUAUAUAAAUAAAAAUGAUCUUAAACCAUCAACACAUUACCAAAUUCGACUUCGUAUAUGGACAACAUUAUCUAAUCAAGCAAGUUCAUGGACAGAUUGGAUACGAUUUCGAACAUCAAUAUAUAAUUUACAUGAAUAUAUUAUGCAACAUAAUAAUGAAGUUUAUUGGAUUGGUUCAACACAAAUUUAUAUGAAUGAAUUAAGAAAAGAAUUUAAUGUACCUAAUGAUAGUCCUAUUCGAACAGCAAUUGCUUUUAUAUCUGGUAUUGGCUAUUAUGAAUUAUAUGUCAAUGGACAAAGUGUUGAUGCUAGUCGAAAAUUAGAUCCAGGUUGGACAACAUAUGAAAAACGUACUUUAUUUGUUUCUUAUGAUCUUAAACCGACUAUUAAGGCAGGUAUGAAUGCUAUAGGUGUUAAAUUAGGUAAUGGUUGGUAUAGUCAAGAACAGUAUGUACCACCGUCUGUCAGUGAACCAAAUUAUGGUCCUCCUCGUCUUCUAUUUGUUUUACAAAUUGUUUUUGAAAAUACUAACGAUAUGGUAAUCUAUAGUGAUCAAACAUGGAAAGGUCGACUAGGAUCAAUUUUACAUGAUAGUGUUUAUAAUGGAGAAAUAGUUGAUAAUCGAUAUGAUCGUCCCAAUUGGGCUCAAGUUGGAUUUAAUGAUACAUUGUCACUUUGGCUUACACCUGAAAUAUUGCCAUCACCAGUUAAUAUAACUGCUAAUGGUCAAAUGACUUUACAAGAUAUGCCACCAAUACGUGCUGGUCCUGAUGCAUUACAUUUUGAAAUUAAUAAUCCAUUAGAAUUAGAAAAUAGUUAUUUAUUAAAAGAAGAUUUAAGUGAUAUUAUAGGUGCACAAUUACAUGACGGUGGAAUAUUGAAACCUAUUAGUGUAUCAACACCAGUUUUAGGUGUUCAUACAUUUGAUAUGGGACAAAAUAUGGUUGGAUGGUGUCGUUUUCAUUUUCAUGGUCCACGUGGUCUUGGUAUUUAUAUUCGUCAUGCUGAAGCAUUAGCACAACCAGUUGUAUCAACACAUCAAGCAUAUGGUGGAAUCUAUGUAGAAAAUCUUCGUGGUGCUACACAGUCUGAUAGUUAUAUAUUACGUGGUGAUCCAAAUGGUGAAAUUUAUGAACCACGUUUUACUGUUCAUGGUUUUCGUUAUAUAUCAGUUUUUGGUUCACCAAAUCCUUUAACAGUUAAUGAUGUUGAAUGUCCUGUUGUACAUAGUGAAACAACAGUCAAAGGACAUUUUGCAUCAACUAAUCCAGUAAUUAAUCAAAUUCAACAUAAUGUUCAAUGGGGUCAACUAAGUAAUUCAAUGUCAUUACCAACUGAUUGUCCACAACGUGAUGAACGAAAAGGAUGGAUGGGUGAUGCUGCCCUGUCUGUCAAUGAAGCUUUAUAUAAUUUUGAUUUAAUAAAAUUUUAUUUAAAUUAUCUUAAUUUAAUUGCUGAUAUUCAAUUACCUGAUGGUUCAAUAUCUGAUACUGUACCAGUAACAUUCGGUGGUUAUCCGGCUGAUCCAAAUUGGGGUACUGCAUUACCAACAAUAACAUGGCAAUUAUAUCGUCAUUAUAAUGAUAUAGAAAUUCUUCGUGAUCAUUAUUCAAAUAUUCGUGCUUAUGUUGAAUCUCUUCGUGCUGGUUACAAUAAGACAGGUUUAGCUAAACUUGCUUACCAUUAUGGUGAUUGGGUACCACCACCACCACAACCAAUGACAAAUGUGUAUCUUAUUGCAUCAUAUGGAUUUUUACAUGAUGUUUCAUUAUUAAUAAAUAUGUCACAAAUUCUCGGUUAUACAAAUGAUACGCAAUCAUAUACAAUAUUUUAUCAAAACUUAGCUGAAGAAUUUCAUCGAGUAUUUUUUACACCAACAGCUGGUUAUUAUGCUGAUGGUAUGCAAGCAGCACAAAUACUUGCAUUAGCUUUACCUAAUGUUGUACCAACCAAUGUACGUGAUACAGUUUUUAAACAUUUAAUUCAAGAUAUUAACGAUAAAGGAAAUCAUGUAUCAACAGGAAUUGUUUCUACUGCUGCAAUUUUUCCACUUUUAUCUGAUAAUGGUCAACAUGAUUUGGCAGUUGAAUUAGUUUCUUCAAUAACAUAUCCAUCAUUUGGUUAUAUGUUUAAUAAUCCAUAUGAAAAUGCUACAACAAUGUGGGAAUUAUGGGAUGCGCCAAUGGAAGGUCCAGGAAUGGAUUCACGAAAUCAUCAUAUGUUUGGAAGUAUUGGUGGAUGGUUUUAUUCACAUUUGGCUGGUAUUAAUUUUCAAUCUAAUUUAAUUAUUAUACGACCACGAAUGUUAACAGAAAAUAAAAAACGUCUUUUAACAAAAAUUGAUUGUCAAUUAAAUACAUUAUAUGGACUUGUUCAUGUUUCAUAUACACGUGAUGAACAUUAUACAUUACCAAAUUCAAUUUUACUUCGAGUUUCAAUACCAUCAAAUGCUCAAGCUCAAAUUAUAUUUGAACCAUUGUUUCCUGGUGCUCGAUGUGUGCUAUUGAUCGAAAAUAAUAACAUUAUUUGGUCAAUUGAUAAUAAGGAAAAUAAUGUUUGUCAUGAUUCAAACACUGGUUUAAUUACUCUUGAAAUUGGAUCAGGAGAUUAUGAAUACCAAGCUUUUUGGAAAUGA